GAGGGUAAUGAUGAUUUCAAGCAAAUCUUAUUCCUUUCUGGUAUUGUGACCUUGUUGUAUUUCUCUCUUUUGGUAUCCCUCGUUGUACACAAUCUUGCUUCUCCUAUGCUCCGACACUCUUGCCGUCAUGACCAAAGGGAUGCUCUUCUUGAGUUCAAACACGAGUUUCCGGUAAAUGAAUCCCACUCAAAUCCAUCUUUAAGUUCAUGGAACAAGAUUAGUGAUUGCAGUUCUUGGAGAGGUGUCACAUGCGAUGCUAAAUCGGGCAAGGUGAUUUCACUUAACCUUAGUUACAUCCCUCUCAACAACUCUUUGAAACCAAAUAGUGCUCUUUUCAAACUCCAUCAUCUUCGUAACCUAACUCUUGAAAAUUGUGAUCUCUAUGGAGAGAUUCCAUCUUCAUUAGGAAACCUUUCUCAUCUCACAGAUCUUGAACUUUGGGGUAAUCAUUUAGUAGGUGAAGUUCCGGCUUCAAUCAGAUUCCUAACCCAACUAAAAAACCUAUUGCUUGGCGACAACCAGUUUAGUGGAAAUAUUCCUUUUGCAUUUGCAAACCUUACCAAACUAUCCUCUUUAGGCAUCUCAGAAAAUCAAUUCACUGGUGAAAAUUUCCCUCUUAUUCUCCUAAACCUAACCAUUCCCAGAUCUAUCUCAAAGUUAGUCAAUCUCGAAUUUCUCGAUCUUUCCAACAACAACUUUGGGCUAAUACCCAGUUAUAUUUCAAAGUUGGUCAACCUCAAUACUUUCUAUCUUAGCAACAACAAGCUCACUGGACCAAUCCCCAAAUGUUUCUCAAAGUUAGUCAAACUCGAUCUUCUUGAUCUUUCCAACAAUAAGCUGGAAGGCGAAAUACCAGGUUGGUUAGGUGGCGUGAUGCAGUUGAAGGUUUCUCACAACUCUUUCAGCAAAUUUGAAGAAUCAUCAGAAGUUUCCAAUAUCUGGGAGUUGGAU